CCGCCCCUCGACAUAGAUCCUCGCGAUUUGUCCGCCCCAACCCCCAGUUCGAUGGCUUCAGACGAAAUGAAACAUAUCCGUCAUUCGUGACUAUUUUAACACCGAUUGCCUAAUCGGGGAGACGUUUUGUGUCGUCCAUUCGUUUUUGUUGAAAUUGGACACCGCUGAUGCGUCCAAGUCGUCCUGUGGGCAGUGGCGCGGAGGGAUACAUGUGUGGAAGCGACAAUGUGGAGGCUGUUAAAAUGUCGACUUGGAAAAUGAAGUCGCUUCAAUUUCAGCGAGAUUAAGAAAACGCUGCAAUGGUUUAGUUAUGUGUCCCGUCAGAGACGUGGUUUUACUUUCCUAACGAAGACAGCGUCGAGGUGCUUCAAUCUUGGCUUUCCUCAUCUUCCUCAAGCAGCGCGGAGGGAAAGAUCAAAGAUCCUGUUUAGAAGUUUCUUUUUCUGGCAUCUCCGCUCCUUUACUUCUCUUUCUUGGAUGCUGCACACCUGAGCCAAGCGGCUUGCUGAGACUGAAAGCAGCAGAGAAUGACUGCAGUGGGCACAGACAAGGAGCUCAGCGACUUGCUGGAUUUUAGCGCGAUGUUUGAGCUUCCAGUUUCAAGUGGCAAAAAUCGGCCAACUACACUUGCCAGCAGUCAGUUUGGAGGUUCAGGGGUUGAUGAAAGGAAUGGGUCGAGUUCUUGGGGGCCCGGAGAGCAGAACAGUCCAUCGUUCAGUCAGGGAAGGUGUUUUGCUGAAGAGGGCAUUUAUAGUGAGCAAGAUGGCAUUCCACAUGGCACCGUAUUUGGCACAGGGAUCACUGGGAAGGCCGAGAGAGGACCAUACUCGUCAUUUGCAACGCAGCUGGGCUUUAUGCCCAGUGCUCAUGCCCUUUCCCCCUCUGGUCUGAAGCCCUCGUCACAGUUUUAUUCCUCUUAUGAGAGCAACAAUCCUCGCAGACGACCCGCACAAGACCCCGUUGAUGCACAGCCAAAAAAGAUCCGGAAGGUGCCCCCUGGCCUGCCUUCCUCUGUUUGUACCUCAGCCUCAAGUGAUGAAUUUAACAGGGACAAUGUUGGCUACUCUGCUUCCAAGGCAGGAAGCAUUUACCCACCACCCUUCUACAUGCAAGAAGGCCUCCACCCACCCUCCGAUUCAUGGGGUUCUGCUGGGUCGAUGGUUCAGCCUGGUUAUCCUUCCGUGCUGGGUAACCCCCCCCAUCUGAGCCAGCAUGGUCCCUUCACUGCCAUCAACCCCCAAGACAGACUGAAACGUCAGCCACUGCCCCUCUCACCCCAAAACUACCCCCUGCAUGGCAGUGAAGUGAACGGGGCUCACCCGGCUGGUUUCCACUCUGGCUCCAACAGUUUUGGCGUUCCAGGUCACACGCCUCCUAUUGCUGCCAACCGGGGAACAGUACCUGGAAGUUCUGGUGAUGAGAUUGGGAAAGCGCUGGCAUCUAUCUAUCCUUCAGACCCCAACAGCAAUGGCUACUCUUCGUCCCCAUCCACCCCUUCUGGUUCUCCUCAGGCUGCAUCAGUAUCUGCCUCCCAGUGGACAAGAUCUUCCGGACAAGCGACACCUUCACCUAGCUUUCAUGGAGGACUUCAGGCAAUGCCUAAUAAACUGGAGGACCGCCUGGAUGAAGCGCUUAACGUUCUUCAGCGCCAUGCCAGUGGGCAAGGAGGAGCAGGACUAGCUGAGAUGCAGAGUCUGCUGGCAUCUGGUUUGGGCUUACCUCCAGCGUUCAGCAGUGCAGCACUCGGCCUUGCCAGUCGCCUGCCCGGACUGCUCACCAGUCACCAUGAGGACUCUGCGAGACUGCCCUCUGGUGGGGGACUUGUGCAUGGUCACCACGGCUCCGCGUCCGCUCUGCCAGGCUCUCAGACUGAUAGUUUCACCAGUAAGUCCUUCUUUGCUCUCAGAAAUAUUGAGAAACUUAUAGCUUGUUUUUUAAUGACAGGUUUGGUGAACAGUCUCAGUCGUUCCAGUGGCGCUGACAUUAAACGAGAGAGCAAGCAGGACGAUGAAAACUGCUCCCUUACUGACAAGUCAGAGGACGAGAACAAAGAGCUAAAUGCCCAUCUUCUAACAAGUCUGAAUGAUGAGGAUGACGAUGAAGAAGACCUACCAGUGGAGAUUAAAGCUGGGCGGGAGAAAGUGCGCAGGAUGGCAAACAAUGCCCGCGAGCGGCUCCGUGUGCGGGACAUCAACGAGGCCUUUAAGGAGCUGGGCCGCAUGUGUCAGCUCCAUCUGAACUAUGAGAAACCGCAGACCAAAUUGAACGUACUCCAACAGGCCGUUAACGUUAUUCUCAACCUGGAGCAGCAAGUCCGAGAGCGUAACCUCAACCCAAAGGCUGCCUGCCUGAAGAGAAGAGAGGAGGAGAAAGUGUCGGGUGUGGACCCUCAGAUGCAGCUGGGUGGGGGUCUCUGAGGGGACACCAUGAGCCAUAUGUAAUUCCAAGCCGUUUGAACACGUGGCCUUAAUCUCUGCUUGUGUUCUUUGGACCACCAUCUUCACACCUUUCACCCAAGGACACCAAUGUGAAGACACCAUCGUGUUUUUCCAAGACUUUCCUCAAAAAGGAAGGAAUGCUUAAUGUUUUUGGAUCAGAAAGACAUUUGGGAUCAUUCACAACUUUGAGUCAAGUUGGUAUAAUCUGUCAAAUAUGUGGCAUUCUCCCCUAAGGAAGACAUGUUCCAUCAACAACCUCCAUCCAUGUUGGAAGCCUCUCGCAGAAAGAGGGGGCCGCUCUUUUUUUAAAAUAUAUAUAUAUAUAUAUACAUCUAUAUAUAUAUACAAUUACUCUGCCUGUUGUUUUUCUCCUCGUAAACCGUGGAUCCUACGGGUCACUGCCAUGCAAGCGGGAUGAAAAGACUUCAUGUGUUCAUUCAGAUCUGGUCUUAGCACUCAUCCUGGACAGUCCAUUCACAAAAGGGGCAUUUUUUUCUUGUUUUAGAAACACGCGACAUAUUUUGCUUCUAUAACUUUCUUUCUUAGAUAACCGUCAGACCAGAAUGGUUUUGAUACCCUAUUGCAAUUAAGAAUAUUAUUAUUAUUUCAUGCCGAUGGCCAUUUGAACUCCAGUUGGACCAAUCAGGAUGCGGAUUGUUUCCAGGUCUGAGCGCUUCCAAUUUGUCAAAAGGUGUAAUGGAGAACCUCCGCAAGUGUUGAAAGGGAUCAUGAGUUUUGAAAUCCUAAGUAAGUAAGUUGCCACUAUUGACUUGCACGCUUGGUUUUUUUCUUCCAUUUUGAACAACUGCAAAGCCUCUUUGUAACGAUCUUCCUUUUGUAGAAUUUGUUAGCCUUGUUUUUAUGUUCAUGUUUUCCCCCACUUUGUAAAAUAGUUCCGGAGAGUUGGGGUUUAUACAUUUGGGAUGGUUCUUUCUUUUUUGUUUACAUUGUUUGAAUUGAAGACAAGCUUUUUUAAGAUUCUGGGAACAAAGUGCGGUGUUGUGCCAGGUGCCUGCAAAUGUUGGAAAUGACAACAGUCUGGCUUGUAAUGUCACAUGUUGUGAUAACUUUUUUUGUCUUCGCCUGGAAUACAUGUUUCUGUGCAGACUUGGCAACUCAUCACUUAUCUUCAAACAGUAUUUAGGGUUUUUCUGCAUAAUGUCCAAUGUUAGUUCAUUGGAGGUGGUGGCACAAGUCAACUCAAUUCUAAUAGAAAUCAUCAUCCUGAGUUCAUCUUUCUGACCUAGGGGAGUUUUAUAAUGGUUACUCACCAGUGCCUGAAUAUUCCUGUUACACAUGGCAUAUAAUAACACGGCUUUAAAGAUGGACUUCAUCUGGAGAAUUUGUUGAGGCUGACCAACAAGCUGGUCUAGAACUGGUCAAAUACUUCCUAAUUAGUGUUGGUCAUGUACAUUCAUAUGUAUGAUAUAUCAAGACAAAAACCUUACACCUUAUCUGUGUCACUUGAUGAGUAUGCCCAUGACUUUUAUUUUGGUCUGAAAAUAAGUCUUGUGAUUACCUUGCAAAUGAUCACAAUGACUUGUAUUUGUUUAUGUAAAUGUUUUUUUGUUGUUGUUGUUUUUUUAACAGUUUGCCAGUAUAAAAGCAUACAAUUUUCUUUAUUAGAGACGUUUUUGUCAUUGACAGCAAAUGACUUCCUACAGCUCUUUCUCUCUUUAUGAAUAUUUGAGGGCAAUAUCUGUGUAGGCCGUGUCCUCAGAGUGCCUCCACUUUCCUAUUUUUAUAUAUAAAGUAGAUAUUGACAACUGUUGUGUAUAUAACAGUAAUGUAGCAAUAAAUGUGCCAUUUUUAAUACCAA